CUCCCGCCGCCCGGGCGCAGCCGGCGCAGGGCGCGGAGAGGCGGCCGGUAGAGUUGGGUCGGGUCGGUCCGAUCCGGGACGGCUCCGCCAUGGUGGGUCGGCUUAGUCUGCGGGAGGUGACUGACCUCCCGGACAUGAGGAAACGGGGCGACACGGGGCUCGACAGCCCCGAUUCCGGGCUGCCCCCCAGCCCCGGGCCCACCCCCCCGCCUUGGCUCCUCUCCUCGGGCAGCCCCGACCGCGUCGCCGCCAACGGGCUGCCGGAGCCCGACCCGCCCGCCGCCGCGCAUUCUGUGUUUUCUCCCAGCCCUGUUCUCCCCAGCUACCCUCCAAGGUUGUGUCCUUUAUCCUUUGGCGAAGGAGUUGAGUUUGACCCUUUACCACCAAAGGAAAUAAGGUACACCUCCUCAAUCAGAUACGAGUCGGAGAAGCACUUCAUCGAUGACGUUUACAUGCCGGUGGGUCUGAGCGUGUCCUCCUGCAGCCAGACAGUCAUCUGUGUCCCCAACUGCACGUGGCGUAGUUACAAAACAGAGGUUCACCUCCAGCCCCGUAACAAGCCCCAGCGUUUCACCAGCACCACCAUUAUCUACCCAAAGCACGCCAAGACUGUGUACACCACCACGCUGGAUUACAACUGUCGUAAGACCGUGCGGCGGUUCCUCUCCAGCAUAGAGCUGGAAACUUCAGAGUACCUUGGGAACGACUGUGUCCUGCUGGAUGGUUGCUGACUGACAGCUGUCUCUCUUGCUCUGGUCCAUCCCAGUCCCAUCUAACAUACUGUGCUGACUCCACUGGCUAAAGUGGGGACAGAUCCUCUUUCUCAGCUCUUACUCCUGCUUUAAGCAUCAGAAUGGCCCCGAGCGCGGUUUUUUCUUUGGGAACAUAAGGUAGUAAGGAGCUUGUUUCUUCUCUCCCCUUCCCCACAGUGCAGUAAUCAGGUGAGAAUAAGGGGAAGUCUUUUCCCAGAGAAAAAAAUUGACAGGUAAGGAAGAAUGUGGAAUAGUGCCUGGCAGGUGGAAACCUGUUUGAGGCUUUGUGGUGAUGUGCAAAAUGAGGGUGGUCUGCAGUCUGGCAGAGAAUCUGCUGGGUUACGUUUGGUUACAACCAGACAGAGCUGUCACUUGUUUUGGUUGAGAUCCUGAGAUGAACCAUCUCCUGGAAAAUGCUGGGAAAAGCUAGCAGAGAAAAAUCUGGAAUUCUGCAUUUAACAGAAACAGAAAUGUUAUCCUCUGGCAUUCAUGUUCAGAUUGUAGGUAUAAGUUGGAAAGAAGAGGAAUUCUGCGUGGGGCAGGAGAUAAAACUGUUUGUGGCAGCUCCAGGCAGCAGAGAAAGGAUCAGGCAAUUGAAGUUCCUUAGAUGAAUGAUGCACUCAGUCUUCUGUACUUACAAUGACUUCUGCUCUGUCAGUGUCACAUGCCAGCCUUGGUGCACUAUGUGCAGUGGGACUUGUAAUGAAGAAUAUCAGGCCAAAAAAUAUCCCUGUAUUGCUGGCAAGUCAGGUCUUGACAGCAUGGUUGUGAAAAAACACCAGUGCCUCGUUUUUACUGACAUUGUUCUGUCUGCACUAAGGGAGCUGCAGAUAGGAAAGCUUUGGAAAAUGCACCCUGUCUACAGGGAUCCAGAGUGGACAAGGAGACACUGGGAUCAAGAGUGAGGCUGUCAGGAUAGGGCUUGUGAAGAGGUAGAGGGUUGCAAGGGACUGGAAAAUUUUUAUUGCAUAGCAAAACCCUACAGCCACAUCUCUGCUUCUCCAUUGAACUUCUCCUUGCAAAGGUCUGUGUGCUCUCUGGACUUUAAUAUUCAGGAUGUCACUGGGAGGGGGUAGCAUUUGCCUGUCUGUAGGCUGCUGAGUGACCCUUCCAGUCCCAAGUGUGUGAUGAGUUUGGGGACCAAAGGGAGUAACUUCAGGUACUGUGAAAGGCCAUCUGGAUGUUAUGUGCAUUAGUUUAUCAUGUGUUUGAUGCAAAUAAGACAGAGAGGUUUCUUGCUUUACCCAGAUAUUUUUUUCUAUAUUGACAGCAGUGUAGUGUGGAGAGCAUGGCUUACACUGGUGGCUAGUGUGGUGUAGCAGCUCAGAAACACUUGGUAGACUUGACUUAACUGGACAUGGCUUUGCUGUGUAUUCCAAAACUCCUCUGGGGUGCAGGUCACCUUCUGGUGCAACAUCAGCCCUGGACCUGCUUUUAAAGAGGACUUGGCUAGUGCAAGGACUUAAGGGUGAAUUUUGUCAGUGGCAUCUUAUAAACUUGGGAGCCAGUUCUUGAGCUGUACUUGCUGUGUGUUUGUGUAAGUGUGAUGAAUGGUGUGGAAGUGUACCUAACCUGAGCUGAAGUGGUUUGGGAGAGUCCAAAUGCAUUGGGAAGGAAAGCUUGAGUCUGUGUGGUGUGAGGUUUUCUUUUUUGUUGUUGUUUUGGUUUGGUAUUUUACUUAUUUAUUAGCUCAGAACAGAAUGUCCUUAAUCUUUGGUACUUGCCUCGAAAAAGGGAAUCCUCAAACCAGGGUGACAGAGGAUGCCAAAGUCAGGUGGGCAUUGCUCUAGAGUCACCUCAUUAAAACCAUGUUGGUUUCAGCCUACAGCAUUUAGGAGAUGUGCCUUAAAUACGUGUUGCAAUUCUCCCCUCAACAUUGCCCCAGGACAAACCUGUUGUGUAACAGGAGGCACAACCCAGCCCCUCAGUGUGUGGGGUUUCCAACAGACAGAACUCUGCUUUUGGGGAAGCUGUUGUUGCAUCAUGGCUUGCUUUGCAGUUCUGUGUACCUUGCUCCUGAAGCAUCUGGUGCUGGCCACUGUUGGACACAGGACUCUGGAAGAACAAGGACCCUGGAUUGCUCUGACUGCUCUCUUCCAACGAGUUCAUUUGCAGGAGCUCUGAGAGAAGAUGAUUUUAAGUUGUAAUCAUUAAUUGUCCCUAGUUGAGUUAGAAACUACAUGACCCCUACUCUAUGGUUUUAGGAUAAAGCCACUUGAUUUUUAUAAAGGAAACAAACUUAAUUAUGUACCUCUUAGAAUCAUUUUAAUCGGUAGAGAUACCUUUUAAAUUAUUUAUGUUCCAACAUUUGCAAAGCUCUGUGCAAGUGUUCUGAUGUCUGUGAUGUUUCUCAUCUCCCCCCUUCUAAUUUUCAGUUUGUCUUUUACUUUAUUGGUAAUAAAUGAUCUGAAAACCAUCAUGUAGAGAAGUCUCUUUAUUUUUCACUCAAAGCUUUUCAGUGUUUAUGAUGCUACUUUACUAAGUAAUAAAUACAUAACAUAC